AUGCCCUUUAAGGUUAGUUUAGAAUGACCAAACUGUUUGAAUUUAUUGAAUUUAAACUUCAAAUUUAAGUUCAAACAUGUUAUUUUUUUCCUGCCUGUAAAUAAAUAAUAUUAUUAAAAAAAUAUUAAGUUCAAUAAAAAGAUUUUCAGAAAGUAUAAUAUUGUUUUUUUGAAAAAAAUACAUCGUGAGUCUUUCUUGAUGACUCCUUUUCUGAAAAAAAGAAAAAAAGUGUUUUAAAAUCCGAUAACAAAAGAAUUUUUUUAGCGCAAAACUCUACUGAAUCUUCUAAAAAAGAUAUUUUGUUUUUCUUGAUUUCUUGUGUUUCUUGAACUUUUGACGAAUUUCUAAAAAUGUUCAAUCAAAGUUAAAACUUUGAUAUAAAACUAAGAUGUUCAGGUAUGGAGAAAGCAAUAUCUUCUGAUUCUUCUUCUGGUAACAAUAUUCCUACUAUUCUCCAUCAAAAACUGGCUUUUCCGACCGCGCGACAUCGAUUUUUCCCAUUUCGAGUUCGACAUUGAUCAAAGCUGCAAUAUGACGCAAGUCAUGCUCAGCAAUUCCGUCGAAGUCCUCAAAGUCAGCUCUUCCCGUAGAGAGAAUGAACUAGAACUAUUUCUUUUGAGGAACUCCCGCUGGACCUCAAACCAACACCUCCUUACGCCGACAAGCACGUUUACUUGAGGGUUUUUUGAUCUUUCAAGCAACUUAUUUUUUUUGCAUUCUGAAAUCCUCCCUAAUUUUUCCAGAGUACUCCUUGAUAAACCAGAUGAAGGUUCUGAAAGUAUCAAUCUACACAUUUUCCUGGUUUUUAAAAGUAUGGCUUAAAAUCUCAAAAAAGGCCGACGAGCCGGUUUCGGAUCAUUUUCUUCGAUUUUCAGUUCCUCAAAAAAUAAAUUACGUGAAAAUUUUCAAGAUCUCCACCUGAUACAUCAAUAAAUAUUCUGACCGAAUUAUUCUGAGUGAAAAAGAACGAAGUUCCUUCUUGAGAAAUUUUGAAGAAUUUGAAAGAUUCAAACGUUUCAAGAUGGUCCCGAAGUAUAAAAUCGCGUCUUGCAUGACGCCGAAGACGAUGACGACGGUGAUUGGAGGCGUUUUGUGCAACUUGGUCAACGCCAGCUACAACGAAGGAAUCGUCACGAAGUCUGACUUGUCUGAGACUCAAAGUAAUCUCUUUCCAGACCUUGUGAGGCCAAGUUGGUCAUGUCCUUGGAACAGUUCGAAGAGCAGUUCAAUCCAAAUCAAAAUUGGACAAUCAUUUUUGGAACACGAGAUCCUAUCGACAGGUUCUUGUCAGCUUUCAUCGACUACUGCAUCAGGUUCCCGGAGUUUCUGGAAAAAAAAAACUUUUCGCUUAACUUUAUGCAAUUUUUUCUAGGGUUUGUGAGUUUGAAACUUCAUAAAUAUCACGAAUUUUGGGAAGGUUCUUCGAUAAAGUUAGGGACCGCAGACCAAUUUUCAAAAAAUUUUUUUCAGCAUUGAGCUUUGUAUGGUUUGAUAGCUGUUUCGAUUCAAAACUCAGAACCGUUUAGUUUUUCGAAAAAGAUUGAGGAUGAAAAAAGUUAUGACGAAAAAUGUGGCGCGCCGCGCACCAUUUUUUUAGUACUGAAAUUUUGGUAUUAUCCAUUUUGACAUUUUUCUCGAUUUUUCUUCUAGAACAAGUUUUGAUACUGGUCUAUUAUGAUGUAACAAAUCAUAAUAGAGUGCUAAAAUGAUGCUCAUCAGCUAGUUUGCCGAAAAAAAGUCGGUAUUUUUCCAGAAAACAAAAAAACUGACGCUUGCGGGCAUCGAACUCGCGACCUCAAAAUGAAAAAAAUCGCAGCGCACGCGCUGCGCCAAGCUGCUAGGUCUAGCAAGGGGAGCUUCCAUCCGCCUUACCCUUGAGCCGUUUAGAUAGCACAGAUUGCCUAUUUCAAAAAAAUAAAAAAACUUGAAGUAAUUCAGCUAUUUUUUUAUCAGAAUAUGUUCGCAAAUCUUUACUCAAACUUUCCGUGAAAAUUCACUUCGAAAAAAACUGUUUUUUUAGUGCUUUUUUUCCUCGUUUAACGAUCGCUGCCUUAAAACGGCCCCGUAAAUUUUUUUGGCAAAGACGAAUUUUUUUAUUUUUAUUCUUUUUAAUUGAAAGAUUUUUUUCACUAAUAAAUGUAUAUAAUCGUUUAAAAAAACCUGCGUUCGGCCGCUUUCUGUGUGAUAAACGCCGCUAAUUUUAUUCUCUAGUUUCAAGAGCAUUUUUUUGCGUAUUAAACAACUAUUUCAAGCACAGAUACUGUGAAGAAAAAAAAUUCAAGUAAGGCCAUGAUCUAAAUUUUUUUAAAAAAAACAAAAAAACUUGAUUAUAUUCGCUUAUUAACGAUAUUUUUGAAUUAUGACUUUCGGCGCUCCCUAAAAAUUUUUUUGGCAAAGACGAAUUUUUUUAUUUUUAUUGUUUUAAAAUUUUCGUUACUUGAAUCAAAAAUCAUUAUUUAAAAAAAGAAAGAGUGCGUUCGACCUGAAAAACACAUGAAAAAAAGCAAAAAAAUGACAAAAAUUUUUUUAGUUCCAUUCACGUUUUUGUACGACAUUCCGCGAGAACGCAUCAAAAAAGCGUGAAAUAUUUUUUAAACGAAAGAGGAAGCUUUUCUGUACAUGUGUGUCAAAUUUUAUUCGCCAGUUCCACAUAUUUUGCAACUACAACAAAAUGAAAGUUGAAAACCAAAAAAAAGCCACUUUUUCUAUCGCGAAAAGGGGCGUGGCUUUGCGGUCCCUAGAUAAAGUAGCUGAAAAAUGAUCUAAAGCUGUUUUUUCUCUGAUAUCGGAAGAAAAUCAAUUAUUCUGCGCAAAGUUCUCUGUGUCAUGAGGCACUCACAAGGAAGUUUAAUUCACUUUGCGGUAGGGAAUUCCCUGAAAUAUGGUCAGAACACUCUUUGAUGUACCGACAGAAGAUUCUGGAAGUCUCAACUUGCACAACAAUUUUCGAGAAAUACGGGCUCAAACCUUAAAAAGAACCUAUUGAACGGAUUUCGAAAAGGUCACUUUGACUUUGAGAUGUCCUUUCUGAAGAACUUAGACUUUGAUUCGGCUGAGACUUUCAGGAACUUAUUGUGGUACAUCAAGGAGUGUAAUGACCAGUAUUAAGGAUAUUCCCAAACAAAAAGUGAAGUGAUCUUCAUUGCCAUUAGGUUUUUUUUUUCUUUCGAAAGGUUCAUCCUCGGAAUAUCUAUCGCAAACAUUCGAGGUAAAUUAAAAAGUUCACAAUUUAAACUUAAAUAUUUUCUUUUUAUUUGAAUGAAACUAUUUUUAAAGCUGUAAUUAAUCUUCUCAGGUCGAAAGACGACUGCAGAGGCUGCCGUAGCAACAUGACCUGUCUGAUAGAAAAACUUCCGUCUCUUCUCAGAGAAUCGGCCCUCAGCAAAAACCGACAUCCCGGCAUUAUGAUGUUGCAUUUCAUGCCUCAAACCUGGUGGGCACUACUGAACUGAAACUCCUGCCAAUAAGGCUUCUUUUCAGGAACUGCGACUUUUUCCGGCUUUAUCCUCAUCUACAGUUUCUGCGCUACUCACAGGAUUAUUUGAACGAACUACAUCCACAGCUUGAAGCCCUUCUCCGCAGAACAACGGUAUUAUCAUUGAGAAAGCGCUCCUUCUAACAGAGAGAAGAGUAUUGUAAUGAAACUUUCGAAGAUUGUGAUCAAGUUUUUCUUUUUCAAAUUCACUGAUCCCUACUAGUUUGGCCUUUAGAAUAUAUAUAAAAACAGUAGAAAUCAAUUUCAAUUUCAAUUAAAAUGAAAACUUGAUAGAAAAAUUAUUACCUACAAAAAUUGGCUAUUUCUCUGAUAGUUUUUUUCGUUUUCAUAGCACAAAUUUGACUGGCAUUUUUUUUUCUCGUGCUUAUCUUUCAUCUCAGGAACUUGUUAUCUCAGGAACUUCUUAUUAUUGUAAGAUAACUUCUUUUGAAGCUUCUAUCUAUCGAUUUAUACCCUCUAUAAAAUAAAUCUCAUUCGGUUUGAAAAUAAUUAAAGUGAGUUCAAAGAAACUUUCCAAAAACAGACAAAAAUGUAAUGAAAAACAUUCGCCACGACUUGAAGCAGUUCCUAACAUCUGCCUUCUCUUUUCUCAGGCAGGGAAAACUGGGAAGAAAAUUUAACGAAGAGAGUUCUGCGGAGAGAAAAAGAGGGUACAGACAAGUCAGGCUGUUUCAAGUCAACACCAAUGGAGUAUACCAAUUUUUAUACCCUAUUCCUGAUGCCAGAAUUUCCAGAUUCCUGACUACCGGAUAGACCUGAGCAUGCGGAAGAUCAGAGAGAUCCGUUCGAGACACACGACUCGCUACUCGGCCUUCACUCCCUUUUUCCGUCAAAAACUCUUCGAAAAUCCUCGUUUGAUCUACAUUCUGUCGCAAAUCUACCAUCACGACUACUUGUUGCUCGGCUAUCCGAAACCGACUAUUCCUGAAUCCAAAUCUUUCCUUUUCUGGUAG